UCUGGCAGCCCUGUUUAAAGCGAGAUUGAAGUUUUCGAGAAAUUAUUUCGAAAAUGCCGCCUGGGACGCAAAUAACGAGCGACAGCGACAUGGAGACCGUUCUGGAGGAGUUCAAGCAGCGCCAUGAGCGCCGGAACAGCAUCGGAUCCGCCAAGUACUCCUGCAGCGUGCCAGAAUGCGGGGCCACCUUCAAGCGGCUGGACCAGUUGGACCGGCAUGAAUAUCACCACACGGGAAUUAAGAAGCACGCCUGUGCGUACGAGGGCUGCGACAAAACCUACUCCAUAGUAACGCACUUGAAGAGGCAUCUGCGGAGCACCCACGAGCGUCCGGAUGCGACGGUCAAGAAAACCGUCAAGUGCGGCCUCGAAGAGUGCAGCAAGAUGUUCAUCUCGGUCAGCAAUAUGACCCGCCACAUGCGCGAAACCCACGAGAGCCCGCGGGUCUAUCCGUGCAGCCAUUGCAACGCCAAGUUCUCGCAGAAACUCAAGCUGAAGCGCCACGAGAUCAGGGAGCACACGCAGGAGUAUCCCUUCAGCUGCUCGAAAUGCUCGCGCGGAUUCUACCAGGAGUGGCAGUGCCAGAGUCACGAGCCCAGCUGCAAGCAGUACGAGUGCCCCGGAUGUCCACAGAAGUUCGACAAGUGGUCGCUAUACACGAAGCACUGCCGAGACACGUUGCACGGCAAGAACCGCCACAAAUGCGACCGCUGUGAGUGCGCCUUCGACAAGCCCAGUGAUCUGAAGCAGCACAUCGAGGUGAAGCACAAGGAGGCAAAGAAACAGGAGGAUGAGACCUCAUUCACCUGCACAGAGGAGGGCUGCGGCAAGAGCUACUCGUACCUGAGGAAUCUUCGCCAGCACAUGCUGACCGCCCAUUCGGGCAGGCGUUUCGAGUGCCAGACCGUGGACUGCGGACGCUGCUUCAGCAGUGCCCAGAAUCUGGCGAAACAUCUGCUCAGGGGUCACAAGGAUGGCAAGGUGAAGAAGGAGAAGAAACCUAAGGCUGCGGAGUCCAAUCUCCGCAAGCGAAGACGUGACGCCGGACGCAGCAAGCACUCGCAGCUGUCCAAGCUGGCCUGUCUGCAACUGGACAAGGAAGAGGAGGAGGCAGUGCGUGAACGGGAGCCCUUGGCUCUUGAAAAGGUAACACAAUCGUUGCAGGAGGACCCUGUCGAGGAGCUGCUGGCACAAACCCUUCAGGAUGAAGAGGAAGUGAAUUAGAAGUAAGACAAACACUUCAGAAACAGGAAAGAAAGAUCGGGUCAAAACCUACAACUCUACAAAAAUUCCGAAUAUUCUAUAAAAAGAGGCUAAACACAUUAACUAUACUGUAAAAAAGGACACUAAACUUUCAAUUCAAGCUAAAAAUGGAGCAAAAAGACGGUAAGCUACUGAAAAAAUAAGGAAAAUGCUAAUAAUUUAACACCUAAUACUUAAGGCCACUUAAAAUCAAGAUGAAUUUUAAAGGUACUGCCAAAGAGACAAGAUAAAUAAUAAAGAACUGCAGAACAUCAGAGCGCGGAUGAGGUUAACUUUCAGAAGCAGACUUCAGAAUGUAUAGAAAAUAUGUUUAGACCUCUCCCUCCUUAUUAGUUAAUGAUUUUGAAUUAAGCAUAAGUUUACAUAGAGAGAAAUAUUUUUUGUAGCCGCCUGGAGCGGAUUAAUAUUAUAUUUCUUCAUUUUUCUUUUAUGUACUUUAAGUUUGUGAGAAUCCCAUUCCGUCAACAUUUUGUUUAAUCCUUGACGUCUGUAAAUAUGCGCAGUAAGAACCACCCAUGUGGAUUUAGGGUAAUAUUAUUUAUAAAACAUAUGUAGGUAACAUAUAUAUUACCUAAGUUGCCAUGACUUCUUUUAAUAAAUACAGUCAGUCGUAAUUUAAGCAGUCAUACGAUGUUCGUAUUUUUUGCAUUUUUUCUUUUGUUUUUUAUUAAACAAUAUUCUAAAAA